UCGUAGACCCUGUGGUAGAUGGGGACGCUGAUGUGGCGUUUUCUUGAAAGCGUAGGAAAAUAAAAAGUGAAAAUAAUUCUCCUCAGCAGGCAACGCGUGUGUGUCCCAGUAGCGAGCAAGGACGGAACCACCUUAGUUGUUGUGUGGACGUGGGUUGGGGUGUGUGUGUCCGCUCCCAUCACCACCUACCUUACUAAAUUUACAUUAUAGCUGUACGAAAGAGAAAUUUUAGGAUAAGCGACAAGUGUUGCCAUGAUAAACCGUCUCUUGUGUUCAAGUUAUAUUCCUCGUGUCAAGACAUCCGUUGUAGAGAGCCUUACAAUUUACAGAGGACACGUGUUGACGAAAAAAAAAUAGUGACGAUGUGUCUGUGUUAUUCCUGACAAGAAAAUCUGAGAGCCGGUGUUGUACUGCGAAAAGAACUCUACUGAUAGCACUGCAUAUGGCACUCUCCUCCGCAGCUUCAUCCUCAGCAACUACCUGGACAGUGAGAAAACUUACCUCGGUGCACAUUGAAACUCCAGCACCAACGCUCCCCCAUUGCCCACACCUGCACUUCCUUCAUCAUGAAGAGCUCCCACUCAUGCCUUCACUGAAAAACAAGACAUGGCGUGAAUGAGGGAGGUGGGAGAGGUGAGGAGUGAGGGGCGAGGGAGGCGUGGUGAGGGAGAGACGGUGGGGGGCUCGGGGAGGGGGCGCUGGGCAUCACUUCGCAGCCCUGGGAUUCUUGCGGCUCCAGAGGCUGGUCGUGGCGUGUCAGCGAGCGGCUGGACACUGGUGGUGACCCCGGCUGAUGAGAGGUUCCGUGUGAUGGUGAGGCAGUGGUAGCGAGUGUAAUGGUGAGUCAGUGGUGUGACAGAAGGUGAACUAGCGCUGCCUCUCGUGUGACGGCGAGGCUGUAAGAGCGGCAUGUCGUGUUCGUGGUACCGGGCACCGGAACCAAGCCAGGAGCCAUGGUCGCCGCCGCGGUGACUAGCGCAUCCCGGACAUGAACUGAACUGCGUGUCGUCAGAGGACGCGUGGGUGUGAGGGCUCCCAGGCACGGGCCCCAGGGACACCCCCCGGCCGCCCCCAGGGGCCCCGGACCUGCUCGCCCACGCCGGCUGGGCGGCCCAGGGGCGGGGGGCGGCCAUGAAUGGGCGGGUGUUGCAUCAGGAGGAAGUGGUCCGCGUCCACUUGGCGACAACCACGACCACGACGGCCGCCUGCAGCACUUCUAACAACGGUCCGCCGCCGCCGCGCCGCGUCCUUUUGCUGGACCAGCGCGGCGGCCGCAUUGCUGGACCGCUCAGGGCUGAAGCAGGCGGAGAGUUUACCUUCGAGCUCAUCGAAAACUACCCAAGUCUUGGGCUGUCGGCGGUGCAUGACGGGUCUGGGACCAUCAUCAACUGGCGCGGGAUGCGAGGCACCAACAGAGUGCAGCGCUCAAGUCGCAGAGAAAAGGACCUUCUUGACUCUGAUUCAAACAGGUCGUACCGCACAAGGCCUUCCGUCCUCGACCCCUACUUGCCUACCUUUCAGCACCUGCUCUGUGAUCUUGACCUCGUUGCCUCGUCGCUUCACCUCAAGAACUACCCUGUGUGUGAGAAUGAUCUCUACGAUGUGAAUAUGUCGGUGCCACCACCAAAUGGAGGAACCGAAGAAGAUCGUGAUCGUACCGAGACCCGCGGUCCUCUGCCACCCGGCCCGCAGAUUACAGAUCACCAGGCCCGGGCUGCACUUCUGGCCCAUGUGGCUGACCGCUGCUGCUGGGGGUCCGGUGCUGCCAAGAAGAUGGCCAUUGCUAAAAUAAACUACGAUUCCGCUUUCCACUAUGAGCUACAGACUUUUACAGAGAAACGGGAGACGUCUUGGGCUUUUACCCCUUACGGUGGCGGCGAUGUAGAUGGUCCGUCCAACGGAGCAGCACCGUUGCCCUGGGACGUGGAGGCUCAACCCGCUCACCUGUUCCACGACGAGGUGAAGGUGGUGCAAGUGCCACACACCGCCUCCGUUAAGGAGUGCCACCGCUGCAAGGGCACGGGCUCUCUCCAGUGCUCUGAGUGCCACGGCAAGGGAUGGACAAGGUGUCUGUCGUGCCACGGAGAUGGUUGGUACACGGAUUCCUCGGGAUACAAGGACCGUUGCUUCUACUGCCAGUCGUCGACGCACGGACACGGACGUCAGGACUGCCUCAAGUGCAACGCCAAGGGUCGUGUGGCCUGCCCUCCCUGUGACAGCUACGGACAGAUCCGCUGCUUCAUCCGCCUCACCAUAACAUGGAAAGUGAACACCUCGGAGCACAUCGUAAGGAAGGGCGGCCUGCCAGAGGCGCUGGUGAAGGAAGUGUCAGGGCAAGUGGCCUUUGAAGAGGAAGGAACUCGCAUCUUCCCACUCACGCAGUUCCCAGACAACACCAUUAAUCUGGCGUCGUCCCAGCUCGUCAAUAAUCACAAGAAUGCUUUCCACGAUGAGCGAAUUUAUGCACAGAGACACCAGGUGCGCAUCGUCCCGGUAGCGGAAGUAGAGUACGGGUUUAAAGGCGGCCCUGGCAAGUUCUGGGUGUAUGGAUAUGAGAAUAAGGUCCACUGCCCUGACUACCCACACACCUGCUGCUGGGGGUGUUGCUGCGUCAUGUAGAAUGUACAGCAGCUACCCACACACCUGCUGCUACUUCUGCUGCUGCUUCUGCUGCCGCUGCUGCUGCUGCAGAGAAACGUAGUCCUUACAGCAGUUCUCUAGCUGCUCUUCCAGACUCCUAGUUCAUUCUCAGAGAUUAGCAAGAGUCAUUGGGUAUCUAUUACUAGAGAAAAUGCUCGUCUAAAUCUCAAAACUAAAGAUUCCUCCUCAGAAUCAAAAUUUGAGCUUCUAAUGGCCUAAAAAACUUUUGACUUUAAAAUGGUCAGACCCUCUGAAGAGAUAAAAGACUGCUUCUCAAAGGUCUAAAACUAGAAUGCACCGUCGAAAUUUAUUUUAUUGUGCAUUAGUUAAUCUGUAAACUGAUAUUGAAUUCACUCCAGAUUCACAUUAUCCUCAGGAAUAAAAUUCAGAUUCAGGAUAUAUAUACAUUCCUCAUUGUUCU